GCCGGCUGGUCCAUCGGCCCGUGUCCGGCCCGCGCUGCCGCGGCCUGGGAGCCGAGAGGGGCAGGCGGGGCGGCCGGGACCGGACGGGGCGGCAGCGGCCGGGUCCAGGGUGUAUGCGGCGGCCGGACGCGCCGGGGCCGGCAGCGGGGAAGCGGGGCGCUGACGGCUGGCCGGGGGGCUGCCCUUCCACCCCCGGAGCGCAGCAUGGACGCCCCCAGAAGGGACAUGGAGUUGCUCAGCAACAGCCUGGCGGCCUACGCACACAUCCGCGCUAACCCCGAGAGCUUUGGCCUCUACUUCGUGCUGGGAGUCUGCUUUGGCCUGCUGCUAACGCUGUGCCUACUAGUCAUCAGCAUCUCCUGUGCGCCCCGCCCGCGGCCCCGGGCCCCUGCUCCGCGCCGGGACCCCCGCAGCAGCACCCUGGAGCCCGAGGACGACGACGAUGAAGACGAAGAGGACACGGUGACGAGGCUCGGCCCCGACGACACGCUCCCAGGCCCAGAGCUAUCCGCCGAACCCGACGGGCCCCUGAGCGUCAACGUCUUCACGUCGGCAGAGGAGCUGGAGCGGGCGCAGCGCCUGGAGGAGCGCGAGCGGAUCCUUAGGGAGAUUUGGCGCACCGGACAGCCGGACCUGCUGGGUACUGGCACGCUGGGGCCCAGCUCCACGGCCACAGGCACCCUGGGUCGUAUGCACUAUUACUGACCCGUCCCGCUCCCGCUGCGAGGCACUCUGAGUACUGGUCAGGGGAGUGAACUCAGAGCUGCCCCAGGACGUUGGAACUGCCCCUGCCUGCGGUGCUAUGGAGGCCCCACCCCCCACAGCUUCCUCAGUGCUGUUGCGCAUGGAUCCCCACCUUCCGGGACCCCCAGUCCUGCCAGAAAGCCCGUGGGGGACGACAGGACACAGGAUCCCCAGCCUCUCUCUGGGGACCGGUUAAGAGAUGAAGUGACCAAUGAAAACUGCAUUCUCAGUGAGUCAGUCUCCCUCCGUUACUCCUGCCCCCAAGAUCCCCCAGGCUCCUGCCGUGCAGGGGGCCCCAGGGUUGAGACCCUCCUCGACUCUUUCACCAGGCUGACCACCUCCAUCUACCCACCCAACACCUCAGCACACAUGCUUGCAUUCAGUUCACAGACUCUGCAAAAACACACAUUCCACCACCUCACAGCCUCACGCACAAAGAACAAGUUAUCACUGGCAUUCCUUCCUCACAGAUGCAUUCCAUCCCGCCGAAGGAAGGCGUGGGCACACUUUGCCCCCAUCCCUACAAAUGCUCUGUGAUCAUGCAUCAUGGCAAUCACUCACACACAAACACGCACGCACGCACACAUCAGGCCCCGGGACCCCGACACCAAGGCACUAUUCGCCCCAAUGUUAACCGUGUGUGCCUGAGCUGGGCUAUGGACUUCGUGUCUGAGCAGAGGUGCGUUCCAGUGAGUCCUUCUGAGCGGACUGUGGGGCCAACUGGGAGGGGUCGGGGCUGGAAAGCAGGCCCGCCCAGCCUCUCCUCUGGCGCACAGCUGGAUUCCGGAAUCCGGGCCCACGGGCAGAGUCCCACCCCGCCUGGGCCCCUCCGGCCGGCCGUCUCUCCAGCACCCGGCAGACG